GUUUUGGUUCGAUCUGGACAAUUUUUGGUCAUAAAAGCACUAUUCGUGGAAAAUUGUAUCCGGGUACAUUGAUUGGUUCUUGAACUGUAUACUGGAAAGUGAAAAAUCAGAGGGAAUUUAAAAUUGAAUUGAAUAGGAAAUAGGAGUUUUUUUGUCUGAUUACGCCAAUUUUUGCACUGCGACAAUAUUUACACUGAGCGAAUAUGGCUAUUAAAGUCAAUUGGUUGUUAGAGAACAUGUGUACCAAGUUUCAUAAAUAUAUAUCAAUUUGUACUCAAAUUAUCGAUUGUACGGAUGAACAAAUGGACGCACGGGCAGACGGACGGAUGAAGAGACAGAAAUUCGGAAAUUCAUAACUCAAUAUAUAUGUGCCUCGAUUAGUUUAAGGUGAUACAAUCAACCUUUGGGUGAACAAAACUAUUAUACUCUGUAGCAACUUGAUGCAAGAGUAAAGAAUAUUCAUAAACUAUUCGCAAAAACAAUAUAAUUGAGAUUCGUGUAUUGUUUUCUCAGCCUUUUCUAAGAACACCAGUGUAGUUCUUCAUCAUUGAUAUUAUUUCACCGUGGCAACUACCAGAAGCAAGUGUCUAAAACAAAAUUGAAUUGCAACAUAUGACAAUGAAAGGAUAAAUGAGAAUUAUAAAGAAAUAAACUGAGUAAAACAAGGGAAAAUUAAUAAAUAGCUCUUGUAAAACAAUGUUGUAUCAACAGAAUUUGAAAACAUAAUUAUAACGUCUUUGAGUGUAGUAAAUGUGUGCACAACAUGAAAACAAAACCAAAUCUUUCAAUACCCUAUUGGGCCAUUUUGCUCAUGAACGCUUGUAGUUUAUGUGAAUGCUAUAAAAACAUUAUCCUAAAGGACUAUCUAUGUGCGGACAAAUUUUUGUUAGAUAUUCAAAGGUCCCUUCAUGUUCAUCCCGCAUUUACUCUAACUGAAGAUCGAGAUUCUGCAGCCAUCAUAACCCAGGUGUGGAAUACAACGUUACCUGGCUAUUACUCGUCUAACAAGUUAAAAUACGAUUGUUAUUUUCGCGUACAAACACCUCAUCGACCACCGCGCGGAAUUUACACUGUCAUCACACGUCUUAAAUUUCGACGUGAUCCUGUUAAUAAUGCCUGUAUAGAUUAUAUUCAAUUUGUUGGUGGUAAUCGUCCGGCAUCGGAAAAGAUAUGCAACGAAAUAGCAAUAGAUGGACCGGGUCGGUUAAUAUUUGAUGAACGUAAUCGUGAAGUUAAUAUUCACAUUUACAUUGAUAAACGUGUUUCGAUAAAGGAACCACUCGAAUUGCGAAUGGUGAUGACAGCACACUCUGAAUGUAAAUACACUGGAGAUUUUCUUUGUGAUCCGAAAGACCAGUACUCGUGUAUUUCCCGUCAUUUUGUGCGCGAUAAUAUAACAAAUUGUAUGUAUCCAUGUCGAGAUGAAAUAUCAUGCUUUCAUGAUGCACCUACUUCAGUGGAAGCUGACACCACCUAUGUAGCACUCUCAGCGCUAAAAAAUAGGUUGUAGCAUCUAUUUUCAACUGUUGGAAAUGCUAUAUAAUUUUUUGUAACUGUGUAGAAUUAUAAAGGAAAUAUACAAUUUCAAUAAAAAGUUUACGAUUACCCAACCGAA